AUGCUCCAGCGCUUACAGCCAUUCGCCGAUAAGGUUACCGAAACUCCUGGUGAAAUCCUUAAUACACCGUUUACAUCUUUACCCCAGAACGUGUUGAUGCAAAUUGAAGAUGACACCAGCCUUAAAGAUGUUGAAAACCAAGAGUCCCAGGACCCAAGUGUUCCAAUUACCAGAAAUAAUGGGGAUGUGACUACUCUUGUCUAUGGGUCUCGAUCUACCAUUCUAGAACUCUCCGGUCACCCUAUUCUUACAGAUUUCGGUCAAAUUCGAUUGGUUGAAGGAUGUGUAAAUCAGGAUUGGUGGAUGCCGGAUCUAUAUCGCGCUCAAGAAGUACUACUGCAGCUCCCCUGCUGGGGUUUCCCAGUUGAUAUAUGGUCGAUUGGUGUCAUGACACUGGAGCUCCUGGAGGGCAAAAACCUCUUUGAUCCAAUAGAUCAUGUCCAUUGCCAGGAAUUGGAUAUCCGAUCUCCUAAUACCAGAGACCUCUUUAGAGAGCUUUGUCACGACAUCCCACCAGGAGAAGAGAAAGACCAAGUUCUCCGCUUCAUUCGAAAAAUUUUGACGUGGGAUCAAGAGGCGAGAGCAACCUCGAACGAAAUCAUACUGGACGAAUGGCUUACGAGGCCAGUUGAAGCCGUGGUGUAG